AUGGGCACAGAUACCAUUGGGAAUAGCGACGGCCUUCCGAAUCCCAUACUAUCUCUCCAACUCUACCGUCGCUGCUUCAAGGGGCGCAAACAGCUCUUCUCACAAUCAGAUGAUGCUGCCGCGAACUACUUUAUCACCAACCCCGUCCCGCACAAGCACAGCAAUACCUGGAGGCCUGUCUUCUACCGCGGAGAUAAUCCGAAGUAUACACCGCAUACAACAGCCAUAGGCCGCGCCCGCCGCUCAGCGAUGUGGGGGACGUUCCGUGUAUGGCUUGGCGACGGGGUGCAGGAGGUUCUUGAUAACGAGAAGCGUCGACAGGAGAGACGUAAGGCCGAACGGAAGAAUAAAUGGAGAAAGAUAUUUGGGAAGGAGAAGAAGCCGGUCGAUGUCGAGGAGGAGAAGGAGGUACAGGGGAUGGUGAUUAUGUUUCGGAUGCAGCGGACUAUGCUCCUUACUCGGAGUCUUGAGCUGGAAGUUCAAGGAGUGCGCUAUCGUUGGUCUGGAACGAGGAUGUUUUCCACGGGUUUCAUGAAGAGGUUCAAGGGGUGGUCACAUAGUAUGAAGCUCAUUCGCAUGUCCGACCACGCACUCAUUGCAACAUUCGAAAAAGAUCUGAUAGGGUCUCGCAGAUCGAUCAAGACUGGUGGUCCCCCGAACAAAUCGAAGAGAGCCAUAGGAAACCUCCGGAUCUACGAUUGCUCCGAUGAUAUUACCAGUCACCCAACGCAUACCGAGCAUCAACUGACUAGCAUGAUGGCGCAAGUUGAUGCAGCCGCCACCAAGCCAUCUGAUAUCAAGGACGAGAAGGAUCUAAACCCUAACGGAGUCCACUCGGGAAAUCUCACCGAGGAAGCGGUUGUGUUCACAUGCUGGAUGGCCGUUGAAGCUGAGCAUCGGCUCCGCUACAAGAUUCCUGAUUUCAUCGAAGAAGUCGGAGAGGAAUUCGAGGGUGGUUAA